AGGUGGCCAUCGAGGCGCCACCACCACCACCUCGCCGUCGUCGUCCUCCUCUCCAAACCUCUCCAAAACCCCGCGGCUCCCACCGCCAUGCGCGUGGCCGCCUCCCACGAUGCCGCCUCCGCCAGCUAAAGCCCACCCGAACCCUCCUCCGCUCCUGCUCCUCGCCUCCCAUCGCGCGCCGCCGCCGCUCCGGCCGGCGCGCGGCGCGAGGCGCGGCGUCAGCUCCGCCGCGCCGGCGCCGCGAGCUGCUGCGUCCGCGGAGGCCACUUACUCCGACCGGAGCGCCGCGCUGCGGGCGCUCUGUAACCAUGGCCAGCUGGCGCAGGCGCUCUGGCUCCUCGAGUCCUCCCCGGAGCCGCCCGACGAGGACGCCUACGUCGCGCUGUUCAGGCUCUGCGAGUGGCGCCGCGCGAUCGAUGCCGGGAUGCGCGCGUGCGCGCGCGCCGACGCCGAGCACCCGAGCUUCGGGCUCCGCCUCGGGAACGCCAUGCUGAGUAUGCUCGUCAGGUUCGGGGAGACCUGGCACGCGUGGAGGGUGUUCGCCAAAAUGCCUGACAGGGACGUCUUCUCCUGGAACGUCAUGGUAGGCGGCUAUGGAAAAUUGGGCUUCCUCGAGGAGGCGCUGGACUUGUACUAUAGGAUGCUAUGGGCAGGUGUGAGACCGGAUGUCUAUACGUUCCCCUGCGUGCUGCGCACCUGUGGGGGCAUCCCAGACUGGAGAAUGGGGAGGGAGGUGCAUGCUCAUGUUCUUCGAUUUGGUUUUGGAGACGAGGUCGACGUAUUGAAUGCUCUGGUGACCAUGUAUGCCAAAUGUGGGGAUGUUGCGGCUGCACGGAAGGUGUUUGAUGGUAUGGCUGUGACAGAUUGCAUAUCAUGGAAUGCGAUGAUAGCUGGACAUUUUGAGAAUCAUGAGUGUGAGGCAGGGUUGGAGUUGUUUCUCAACAUGCUGCAGAAUGAGGUACAGCCGAAUAUCAUGACAAUAACAAGUGUGACUGUUGCAUCUGGAAUGUUGUCGGAAAUGGGUUUUGCAAAAGAAAUGCAUGGGUUUGCUGUAAAGAGAGGUUUCUCCAUUGAUGUUGCAUUCUGCAACUCAUUGAUUCAGAUGUACACGAGUCUUGGUAGGAUGGGGGAUGCAGGUAAAAUAUUCUCAAGAAUGGAAACUAAAGAUGCCAUGUCAUGGACUGCAAUGAUAUCGGGGUAUGAGAAAAAUGGUUUCGCAGAUAAAGCCCUUGAAGUUUAUGCACUGAUGGAAUUGCAUAAUGUAAGUCCUGAUGAUGUUACCAUUGCAAGUGCCCUUGCUGCUUGUGCCUGCUUGGGGUGGUUAGAUAUAGGCAUCAAAUUGCACGAGCUUGCUCAGGACAAGGGAUUCAUCAGGUACAUCGUAGUUGCUAACGCACUGCUUGAAAUGUAUGCUAAAUCCAAGCACAUUGAUAAGGCUAUUGAAGUAUUUAAGUGCAUGGCUGAGAAGGAUGUGGUAUCAUGGAGUUCAAUGAUUGCUGGCUUUUGCUUUAACAACAGGAGUUUUGAGGCUUUGUACUAUUUCCGGCAUAUGCUAGCACAUGUAAAUCCCAAUUCUGUUACUUUUAUAGCUGCUCUAAGUGCCUGUGCUGCUACUGGGGCUUUGAGAUCUGGUAGGGAAAUCCAUGCACAUGUAUUAAGGUGUGGUAUUGGAUCUGAAGGUUAUGUACCCAAUGCUCUUCUAGACUUGUAUGUGAAGUGUGGCCAGACAAGCUAUGCUUGGGCACAAUUCAGUGUGCAUAGUGAAAAGGAUGUUGUAUCCUGGAAUAUAAUGCUUUCUGGUUUUGUUGCUCAUGGGCAUGGAGACAUCGUGUUAUCACUCUUCAACCAAAUGGUAGAAAUUGGUGAGCAUCCAGAUGAAGUUACAUUUAUUGCACUAUUGUGUGCUUGUAGUAGGGCUGGAAUGGUUAGUCAAGGCUGGGAGCUUUUUCACAUGAUGACAGAGAAAUACUCAAUAGUUCCAAAUCUCAAGCACUAUGCAUGUAUGGUAGAUCUAUUGAGUCGUGUUGGGAGAUUAACAGAAGCUUACAACCUCAUAAAUGGAAUGCCUAUCACACCAGAUGCUGCAGUGUGGGGAGCCCUGUUGAAUGGAUGCCGGAUACACCAGCAUGUUGAACUUGGCGAGCUUGCUGCAAAAGUUAUCUUUGAAUUGGAACCCAAUGAUGUUGCAUAUCAUGUUCUUCUGUGUGAUUUAUAUACUGAUGCUGGCAGAUGGGCUCAAGUGGCCAGAGUGAGAAAAACCAUGCGAGAGAAGGGAUUGGAGCAAGAUUUUGGAUGUAGCUGGGUUGAGGUUAAAGGAUUAACUCACGCAUUUCUUACAGAUGAUGAAUCACAUCCACAGAUUAAAGAAAUAAAUGCUGUUCUACAUGGCAUAUAUGACCGAAUGAAAGCAUAUGGGUUUGCUCCCGUUGACUUCUUAGAAGAUAAAGAAGUAUCUGAGGAUGACAUCUUUUGUGGUCACAGUGAAAGAUUAGCUGUAGCUUUUGGUUUGAUCAAUACUACACCUGGUACCUCUAUUUCUGUCACAAAGAACCGAUACACUUGCCAGAGUUGUCAUAUGAUAUUAAAGACGAUUUCUAAGAUUGUUCGGAGAGAGAUAGCUGUUAUGGACACUAAGCAAUUACACCACUUUAAGGAUGGAGAAUGUUCAUGUGGAGAAAUAGGAUAUGGAUGAAGAACUUGUAGAAAGAGGCUGUAUAACAAUACAAGAUUUGGCCAUACGCUAUUAUGCAUCUGCCACAAUCACAGCUACAGAAACAUUUUGCAACAACCAUGCUAACCUGGUAUAAUGGUACAACUGCUCACUGGCAGUUUGGAUAUAGCAAGAAGCACCUGCUUGGGGUCUUGGAUAAGCCAAUAUUCAGCUUCGUACAUGACAGAAAGUGUUGACAGCCUACCUGAGAUACUGGCACUUCUGUUCCUGUCAUUUCUUGGUGCACAGAAGUCUCCUGCUGCUGCAUGCAGAUAAUCUUUGCUUCCAACAAAUUCUGAAAGACAUGUCCAAGUAAGAUUAUAAGUAGAGUGAGAAUAAUAUAGCUUCUGUAUGCUAUUUUGUUAAAUAGGAGUAACAACAACUGUAAUGGUUGUCAGUAUCAACUAUAGGCUACAGAAUUUUGCCUGUUCCAUGAUAGUGACAGUAGAUAUGUGUAACUAGAGAUAUUGGCAGAAUGCCUUGUAUGCCACUAAAGAAAGUUUGUCACUUGCUAAUAGCUAGCAUGUAAAGUGAUUACAAUAUGUCUUUGAAGUUUUUGAGAAAUUUGGAUAUAUGCCAUUGUCAAAAGUGGGUUUGCUAUAAUGACAUCCCACAAAUGUGAUUUGGUAAAAUGCUAUGCUCAUCCUGGAUGUCUUUGGUAGGAUGCCAUUUCUUCCCUUUCUCACAAGUUAAUAUAAUUUUGCUUUAUUUUAUUAGUUGAACUAACAAAACUGCCGCUGGCUCAAUUGAUCAAACCAAGCAACAGUGUCUCCCAACCAGGCCGGGGCCGAGGAGUGAGCGAGCCAACCCAUGCUGCCAUCCCCCGCUCGCUGGCAGCAUCCUACCAUGUGCUCCGCCACCUGCCAUGCCAGCCACGUUGUUGCGAGCUCGACCCACCAGUCUCCCCUCUACUGCACCGCCCACCCCGAGACAUCGGUGCCUUCCAGCCAAACCCUAGCCACAUGCUGCAGGGGGCGGAGAGCCAGAGACAGGGACGCACCUCCCCGAAGUAACUGGCAACGGGACCAACGAGGAACCACACGUCGAUGAGGACUUUAUAUGUUGAUGGGAGAAUGGACAAACUCUCGGCCCACUAUGGAUGCCUCACCCACCAUGAGGCCAGCACCUGCUGCCAAGAAGAUUUGUCACUAGUGCAAGGAAGCUAACACCUAAGAAGCUGAAGACCCACUGAAGAUUUGAAAAUUGUAGAAUUUGAACUUGACUAGCGAUGUAUUUGUGGAGGACAAACAUAAGGAUAAUUUCUACUAAGGGCUGAGACUGAGAGCCUAUAUAUCACUGAGAUGGAGAGAGGAAGAAAAAGCACGUACUGUUCAUUAAUUGAAAUUUUCUUUGCGUAGCGCCGUUGUGUUUCAAAUAGAAAAGCACUGGUAUAUGUUAAAAUGUUGUUUUUCUUAGGGAAAGCUCUAUCUGGUCAACCUGGCGAAGCAUUUAGGCAUAUGGUCCCCAGGGGAAGGAGAAAAAUUCGUAAGUAAACAACAAUGCAACAACAAUGCUUUCUGAGAUGUGAACUACAAAUUAUGCGUCUCUGUGCAGUGAAACUUGUUUUUGCACCUUUAUAAUCAUGGAAUGCUGCUAUUGUUGGAAUUUCAAUA